AGUAAAUAGAACAGGCGAGAAAUGGUGGGGAUGUUUUCCAAAGCCACCUGUUUUGCCGCUUCUGGAAACUCUGGAUACUGGAACUCCAUCCUUCGGCGUCAAUCUGAUGUGGACCGACGUCGCGCAUAGACGCUAACUAUAUAGCGGCGGAAUAUUUUUGCGUUCUCAAAAGUUUGCGCGCGUUGUUUUGCGAGUUUGAAACUAUUUUGACUGUUGUUGCGUUCUUUUCACGAAAAUGUGUGAAUUAUUUUAGAUCAAGUGCAGAUGUUUACAAAUUACGGGACUUCAUAUAUUAGAAACUAAAAAUGGGACAUUUCAAAAUUCAACAUCAAGAUCACAAAAAGCACUGGAGAGAAACAAUGUGUGAAACUGAUAUUUUAAAUGAAACAUUUCUCAAGGAAUUAAAUAGAAAUGUAAAGAAUUGCCAUUAAAAAUCGAUAAUCCGAUGUACUCUACAAUGGAUGACGACAGUACCAUUAACCAGACAAAACUGUGGUCUACAGGACUAUCAGUAGACCUAAAUAGCUCAUACCUGAAUUUAUCAACACUUGAUAUAAUUAAUAUAACUUUAGAAACGCCAAUUAAGUACGCUAUUCCGUUAUACGGAUACGUAAUGCCUUUCAUGUUGAUAAUAACCAUUAUUGCCAACACAAUGAUAGUGGUAGUACUGAGUAAAAGGCAUAUGCGUACUCCUACGAAUGUGGUUUUAAUGGCAAUGGCACUGUGCGAUAUGUUCACGUUAUUAGUUCCUGCUCCUUGGUUUAUAUACAUGUACACAUUUGGCAAUCAUUACAAACCCCUAUGGCCCACCAGCCUUUGUUACGCCUGGAAUUUAAUGCAUGAGAUAAUCCCUUGUGUAUUCCACACUUCAAGUAUCUGGCUAACAUUGGGUUUAGCGAUUCAAAGAUACAUCUAUGUGUGUCACGCUCCCUUAGCCAGGAAAUUCUGCACGUUGCCGAACGUGUACAAGAGCGUGGCCGGUGUGCUUUUCUUGGCGUCUUUACAUCAAGUACUCAGAUUAUUCGAUACAGAAUAUGCUACGAUCGAUAUAAUAUGGAACAACACAACAACUUCAGUGUGCAUCAGAAGGCGUGCAGAAUGGAUAAACGAAUACAUAAACGAAGAUGGAUAUUUCAUCACAUAUUUUUUAUUCCGUAUAUUAUUCGUUCACUUGCUUCCUUGCAUAUCCUUAGUAAUUUUAAAUCUUCUAUUAUUUAGAGCUCUUCGACAAGCUCAAAAGCGAAGAGAUAUAUUGUUAUCGUCGAAAAAGAGCCAAAAAAAUGAAUGUAAAAAAUUGAGGGAUUCAAAUUGCACUACGCUCAUGCUUAUCGUAGUUGUUAGUGUUUUUCUUAUAGUUGAAAUACCGUUAGUAGUUGUGACGAUUCUACACAUCAUUUCUAGCACUAUCAGUGAUUUUUUAGAUUAUGAAAUGGCAAACACUUUAAUAUUGUUUACUAAUUUUUUUAUAAUUUUGAGUUAUCCUAUUAACUUUGCCAUUUAUUGCGGUAUGUCUAGACAAUUUAGAGAGACUUUUAAAGACUUGUUUAUAAAACAAGUCCCAAAUGCUAGAAAUGGUUCUUCUAGAUAUUCAAUUGUCAAUGGUCCUAGAACCUGUACUAACGAAACUGUGUUGUAAAAGGCAUAUAAAACUCAAAUGAAAUAAAUGAC